CGCUGCUUCCCCACCGCUUCUCCUGCGUCCGUGUCCCGCAGCUCUCCUCCGCUCCGGCUCCACGGACUUCCUUAUUUGCGUCUCGCUGUUGCCAGCAGCUGACAUAGCCGCGGGGCUGCGUUCUGGUGGGCCGCUCCCUUUGCCGACAGCUCCUGGCUGCGCCGCGCGCUGUUGCAGGAGCUGUGCCGUUUCUACUUCGUUCCCGUUUCCUUUCGUUGCUGCGUACGGCUGCCAACAGCAGCUCGCAGUGCGCUUGCCUUCCCCAGCCAUGGCGCGGACGGCCCUGUCUCGGUCCGGGCUGCCGGUGAUGCUGCUGGGGGCCGUGGGGCCGAGCGCUCCGUUCCCUUCUCGCUGUCUGUCUGCCUCUCCAUCCUCCUUGACAGAACAUCCGAGCCGCUCCACGUGGGAGCCUUACGCUGUGCUGGGCUUUUUCUUGCCGGCAGCAUCGCGUAGUGAGGUCUGGCAGAGAGUUGUCACCGCUCAUAUAAAAAGCUCCUAACCCUUACGGACCUUGAGCAUCUUGACAUAAGACAGCAUUUUUCAGGGAUGCUUGAACUCCACGGAGGCAGACUUCUCUGCUGAAGGAGGCGCGUACCAGAGGUGCUGGGGCUGCGCUGAGCUUUCGUGCCUGUUGAGGCAGGCGGUGAGCUUGCUUCUCACUGUGCUUGCCUGUUUGAUUGACGCUGGCUUCCAAAUUGCUACGACUGUGCCUGAAGGAAAGCAGAGGAGCCUCAUUUUGCUGAGAGUAUUUUCCUGGCAGGGGAAGGCACGCAAAGCAGCAAAACGUGCCCGGGAAGAGCUGCCCACAGCCUGGAAGUGUAGGUCCAAAUGCUAACGCGACUUCCAUUCAAGCCAUGCUGUUGUGAAUGAAGCCCUUUUUGCUCCAGCCUUGUCUUGCUCAGCACACUGGGGUCUGCCCAUGGCAUUGCAGCAGGCUGAGCUGGAUUAGUUGCCGGUGUGUCAUUGCUCCAUCUGUCUGAACUGCUGAAGAACGUUGCAGGGAACAUGUUGGACUUGAGCUUCCUGACUGAGGAGGAGUAUGAGAAGCUGAUGAAGGUUCUGCAGAGAGAUGCAGAGCUGAAGAAGAAAGAUGGGGAUCGCAUCAGACGGAUACAAGGCUCCAUCAAGGAUGAAAAGAAGAAGAAGUUUGUGACAGGUGAAUGGUUUUCAGAAGUGAAGGCAAAACGGUUUCAGGAAGACUUAGAGGGCUCGGAUCUGCUUCGGGCAUCAAUCAGAAGGAAAAAGGGCAAACUAGAAAAUGAGGUCAACGAGCACAUCGGGAGAAGUCUGGAAAGCAAAGAUGCCCCAGGUCCUCCCUUCCAUGAGCAUGCUGCUGGCACAGGAGAGGAGAGAUCCAACACACCUGCUCUUGAUACUGCAGAGGAGCAUAAAAUCUUGCCAAAACCAAAGCCGAGACUUUCUGCCAUGCUGUCUGCAUCACACAAGAAAUUCAGUAUAUAUGAUGUUUCUUCCUCGGAGAGUGACACUGGAGCAAGUCCAUUUGCAGCUGCAACAGACAACUUGCAUUUGUCUAGAAAAGGUAAUGGACUGUCUCCACCGCCUGCCAAGCUUUCAGACGAUGCUGUGCCACAGCCCAGCUGUGCAACUGGAGAAGCUGCUGAUGGGGCCGCUGGCACCACAGCAAGACCAAAAAAUGCACCCGAAGCAGCUUAUGCUCCCAGCAAGAUACCUGUUAAGAGGAAACCAAGCAGAAGUCUCUCCAGAUCAGAGCAGUUUGUGAAUCACCUGGGGCCAGCAGAGAACAACCUUGAAAAGAGAGAGUUACUGGCAAGCUCGAGAUUGCUGACUACAGAAGGGGAAAGCAGCCAGGCAGUGAAGCCAGGCGUGAACUACACAAUCUCAUCAAUGAGUAAUAAAGAGGAGGACAUUGGCCUUGAUCGUGAGCACUUCAAGAAUUUGAAGAACUUCUGGGAGAAGGGAGCAGACUCGGUGAUGAUGGGAAGUGUGCCAGAGUCCCCAGGCUCGCUGGAGGCAGAUGGCAGGCAGUUCAAGCUGUGCCGCUCGCUCUCUGUGCAGUCAGACCAUGGCCAGAACAGUGAAGAAAAACCUGGAGCCUUCACUAAAACAAGAAGCCCUUACAAAAGGACAAUAACUUUAUCUUCCAGUGAGGAGGAACCAAGCUAUGUAGCUCCUGUGAGGAAGGGAUCCAUUUCCAUUGCUCCGAGGUCUACAUAUGCCAAGAGCAAAGGAGGCCUGGUUACAAGAAAUAAUUCGCUGGGCGAAAGCAGUGGGAAGCCGUCAGUGCCAGAGGAAGAGAAGGCAGCACAGCACAGCUCCAAGAAAUCCAGAUUGCCUGUGCGAGUGCCUUCCAUCAAAAUCGAGUCUCCUACCAAGGAAGUAUCUGGCAGCAUGUUUGAGCCAGAGACGCCUACAGAGAAGUUGAUUGUGGCAGAGGAGCGCAAGCGCACAGAGAGCUCUUUGGCAAGCAGGGUGCAGACACUGAUUGAGCCUGCGCCUGCAGGUGGUGACAAAAAUGAUGAGAAAGCACAAAGACCUGAUGUGGGCACUCAUGACAACAUGGAAAUAAAUGGAGAGCUACCUGAGGAAAAUACAUGCCAGUCUUCAGAACAGCCAACAGGCAGCGUGAUGGCUGGAGGGAGAGAAGCUGUUCGGAAGAUGGACUUGUCUGUUCACUCAGAGGAAGAUGGAGAUCAUUCUCCUGCUGCUCAAACCUCGGCCCAAGCAAACAGCAUUAAUCUUGCAAAGAGCAUGGUGAACAUUUACACAACCACAGAGACGUACAGUAAACCUCUUUUGAUACCCCAUCAAUUUCUUGAACCUGAAAGAGUCAAAGAACUGAGCAGAUCCUCUCCUCUCCUGUUGUCUGAGACAGAAUCAGACACGGCUUCGGAAAUCAGCUUCCAGUUUAGCAAGCACAAAAAGACUCCUAGCAUUGGCAGCCACUCCUCCGACAUGGCAUCUGUCUCCUCGGUGAGUGGCAGUGUGCUCAGUGUGUACAGCGGCGAUUUUGGGAGUGUGGAUGCCCAGGGUACUGUGGAAUUUGCACUAGACUACGAUGAGAAGAACCGUGAGUUCCAGGUUCAUGUGUCCCAGUGCAAGGACCUGGCUGUUGUGGAUGAGAAGAAAGACAGGACUGACCCGUAUGUUAAAACUUACCUGCUCCCAGACAAAGCGAGAAUGGGUAAGAGGAAAACCUCAGUGAAGAAAAGGACUGUGAAUCCUGUUUACAAUGAAGUGCUAAGGUAUAAAAUAGAGAAAAUGGUAUUGCUGAUCCAAAAAUUGAAUCUCUCUGUUUGGCACAAUGACCCAUUGGGACGUAAUAGUUUCUUGGGAGAGAUUGAAUUAGACUUGGCCAGCUGGGACUGGAGCAACCGAAAACUCAACUGGUAUCCACUGAAGCCCCGGAGUCUUUCUGCUGUAAAUGGUGUGGAUCAUCGAGGAGUGAUGAAUUUGUCUAUUAAGUAUGUCCCUCCAGGAAGCCUAGGUCCCAAGAAUCCUCCCUCUGGUGAAGUUCACAUUUGGGUCAAAGAUGUCAAGGACCUUCUGCAGUUGCGUCCUUCUGGAGUUGACUCCUUUGUGAAAUGCUAUGUGCUUCCAGACACGAGUAAGAAGAGCUACCAAAAGACCCGAGUCGUAAAAAGAGACACAAACCCUGUUUUCAAUCACACUAUUGUGUAUGAUGGCUUUCAUACAGAGGACUUGAAGGAUGCUUGUGUUGAACUGACUGUGUGGGAUCAUGAAAAACUAACCAACCAUUUCCUUGGAGGAAUCAGGCUGGGCCUUGGGACAGGUUUGAGCUACGGCAUCCCCGUGGACUGGAUGGACUCAACACAAGAGGAGGUGGCCUUUUGGCAGGAGAUGAUGUCUGCUACCAAUGAGUGGAUUGAGGGGUUGCUGCCAUUACGCUCAUUGGCAGGGAGGAAAAAGCUGAAAUAACCUACUGUGUGUUCUAGGGCAAGGCUGAACGUGUUUGUUAGAUAUAGGAAACUUCCCACCCCGAGGUGAUAGAGACCAUGGGGCUGGCAAUCGUAAGGUUAGUAAGGCAGUUCAUGGGCAGCACUUUGGAGAUGUUAAAUGUUAACAAUUUGUUCCCUGAUGGAAGACCUGGAAAGUGCCAAACUGAUGCUAUGCUUGAUUUUGAACAAGAAGAAAUGUUACCUUUUUAUUUAAUGAGUGUGUUUGAAUCCAUUAAGCACUGGUAACAUCAGCAGGAAAGAGGAAAUCCAGAUAUUUAUUUUUUUACUCUUGCUUGUACUGUGGUGUUUUUUUUAACCCAUGCAGAGAUGUAGUUGUACUGAAGCUUCGCUAUGGUAUCAUGCAUAUUUACCUGCAGGUGGUACACUUUGUACUUUAUGUAGAAUUGUUCCAAGUCACCAGGCAGCACAGGCUGAAAAUGAGAGCUUUGCAUUUGUCACUGGUGGCAACACAUCUGUACCAUGAAAGAAAUUGAGAUCCAGAGUGAAUCUAAAGAAAGAGAGGACUGUUUGAAACAGAAAAUGAAGCAAUCCAAGGAGGAUAACAACCAGGAAUUCAAUAUGUUAAAUCCUUUCUGCUUUAAUACAAAAGAGCAAAGAGAUGGUCCUGCAGCUAGUAAGAUUUUGCAAUCAAGAGCUGCUUUCCUAGCUUUCCCACUGGCUUCAUCAGUGACCUCAGGCAAGUUACUCUAUUAAAACAGUUCCAGUGCAAUAUGAAUUGAAGUGCUUGCCUAACUGUAAAAUAACAUUACAUUGCUAAUGGACCUAAUAGCAUCUUUGAAAUGCCUUGUGUGCAAAACAUUUCAAUAUAAAAUAAUGAUGUAGGGAGCAGUCUUGCGUUAGCCUGGCAUAAUGGGCCAGGAAAAAUGGUCAGAACUGCAGUGGAACCCAGGAGAUCCUGGGAGAGGUAAGCAGGGAGUGAACAAAUGCCAAGGGGAGCUGCAGAGCUGAGGACUAGGGUAACCACCUGCCUCCAUAUGUCCUGCUCCCCUUCUUGUCUGCCUCUCACCUGAUGCCUGUCAGAUAGUUGUCCAGAGCUAGAGCAACCUUCUUGUCAGUAAUUGCAAGAGUUUUGUGUCUGGCACACUCUAACAGUGGUAGAGUGAUGUUAUGAAUGCAUUUUCAAAUGUAGCUCUGUGAUUUGUACCUUGGAUGUACAUAUUGUGAUUAAAUAGAAUGUUUUUCUUUAGUCAUCA